CGGGGGGAGUUAUAUUGCGGGGGUCCUUCCUCGCUCACCCUGGGUUCCUCUCGGAGCGGAGACGGCAAAUGGCGGACUUCGAUACCUACGACGAUCGGGCCUACAGCAGCUUCGGCGGCGGCAGAGGGUCCCGCGGCAGUGCUGGUGGCCAUGGUUCCCGCAGCCAGAAGGAGCUGCCCACAGAGCCCCCCUACACAGCAUAUGUAGGAAAUCUACCUUUUAAUACAGUUCAGGGCGACAUAGAUGCUAUCUUUAAGGAUCUCAGCAUAAGAAGUGUACGGCUAGUCAGAGACAAAGAUACAGACAAAUUUAAAGGAUUCUGCUAUGUAGAAUUUGAUGAGGUGGAUUCCCUUAAGGAAGCCUUGACAUACGAUGGUGCGCUCUUGGGUGAUCGGUCACUUCGUGUGGACAUUGCAGAAGGCAGAAAACAAGAUAAAGGUGGCUUCGGAUUCAGGAAAGGAGGACCAGAUGACAGAGGCUUCAGGGAUGACUUCUUAGGAGGCAGGGGAGGGAGUCGCCCCGGUGACCGGCGAACGGGUCCCCCGAUGGGGAGUCGGUUCAGAGACGGCCCUCCCCUCCGAGGGUCCAACAUGGACUUCAGAGAACCCACAGAAGAGGAAAGAGCACAGAGGCCACGGCUCCAGCUGAAGCCUCGAACGGUCGCAACGCCCCUCAAUCAAGUAGCCAACCCCAACUCUGCUAUCUUCGGGGGAGCCAGGCCCAGAGAGGAAGUCGUUCAGAAGGAGCAAGAAUGAGCUUGCGGCGGGGAGGGAGUGGGGUGUGGGGGAGUUAGCGCGAGACCACAGCCUGGCCAGCCCCCCGGGCCGGCGGUCCUGCGCCUGACCCCCGUCCCCCUCUCGUACAACGGAAACUCAGAGCUUGUGAGCGCAUGUCAGCAGUUAACAAGUGGUUUUUAGUACAUUCUUGGCUUUGCUGAACCUAUCUAGUGCCUGUCUCGUGCUUUCCUUCUUUUUUUUUCUGCCUCUCCUUGCCUCUCUCCCUUCUGUGCGCUCCCUCCCGCACCCGAGUGUGUCCCGGGCGACGGAGGCAGCCGCCCGUGGGCGUCCUCUGGCUGGAGGUGCUGCUCCGUCUCUCUCCUGUGCUUUCUCUCUUUACUUCAGACGCACUGGCCAGACCCGGUUGUUUCUUUGAGUUUUCUCGGCGCUUCUCUCCUGACCUGCAUGUUGAGUUCUGUAUGGCUGUGGCUUCCAAGGGGGGGAGGAAAAAACCAGGGAGGAAGUCACAGACUGGAUAGCUUCUCGUUUUUAUUCCGCUGUGAUCAACAUAUACAGAAUUUGAGGCACCUUGUUUCCAAAACAAGGAUAAAAUACCCGUUGAUCCUUGAAAAUUCCUUCCUGUCCCUAUUUAUAAGCAGCCCUGCCUCUGCUGCUCCCUCCCUGCGUAGGCGGCCCGAGCAGAAGAGGCUCUCCUUUCAACCGAGGAACCCAGAAGAAGGGGUAGCAGCGCGGCGGGCCGGAGAGGACCCGCCGAGCGCACCGCUGUGCUCACACCCACUGGGGUGCCUUCAGCACACUGUGCGGGCCGGUUCCCUCCUUUCUGCCGGCCAGGGUGCUCUGGGGGGACCGAAGGGCGGCGGUGGCAGAGCCACACCGGGCUGCCCUGACCGCGUGGACGCGGCCGCUCCUCUGGUCCCCGCUGUGUGUGGAGCCCGCCUCUCUCCCUUGUGUCUCUCUCUGCUCCUUGGUGUAGCAGCGAGCUCCUGUGCUUCCCCGCUUCCCUGGGUUUUAUAAUGAGAAUGGGCCUACAGUCUGGCACUGCACUGUUUCGCUUGAUGAAUUGAGGAUUUUACUAUGCAGAGCCGACAGGGACGUCCGGGUAGCCGGUGGGUGGCUCUCAGCCACCGGGUCUCCUCUUGGGGGCAGAGCUGCUUGUCCCCACACAGUGAGUUCGGCACUUGGUGGGGGCAGGGGGUGGCCGUGGCCUCGGAGCUGGAAAGCCUGCAUGUGAACAGCUCGGUUCUGCAGCGCCCAGUCCCGCUCUGGGCCGCGGGGAGCAGCUCGGGGCCGGCCGACGGCUGGAGCCCCGGGGGGAGAGCCCCGCCGCGUCUCUGUCCCGGGGUCUCAGCAGUUACAGAACUCUCUCUCCUGUCCUUUCUUCCCCUGCCGCCUCUGCUUCUGAAAUAAGAACCAUUUGUGUGACGCCAAUACCUAACUUACGAAAGACAUGCAUUAUGUGGUUGUAGUCAAACCCGAUGCUUUCAGAUGACCUACUUACAUCUUCCGUGGGGAAAAGAUUAAGAACAAAACAAAAUCAUCUAAACUUCUGGGCCACCCGGUUGACUUUUAAACGUAAGAACAGAAUUCCAAACACUUCACACAUUCAGCUAUAUGACAGAAAGGAAAUCUAUGGAUAUGGUAUUUUGUGAAUGAUCUUUUAAAUAAAAGAAAACCUUACGUAAUAUUUAA